UGCUGUGGUAAUGUGACAAGAAAAUUUUAAUUUUUCAAGUUUGUAAUUUGUGAUAUGUUUGUGACUCAAUAGAAGGCUGUAGCCUUGUGCCGAUUUAUUUGAAAAUCUUUUGUAGUAAAGAUAGAUAAUGUUGUGAAGGUAUAUUAAGAAAAACCUAAUACAAUGCCAUUCACAUUAUUGAUCUACAAUCUUGUUAAUUUAUAUGUUUUUUACGUUUGCACACAUUGAAAAAAUGCAUAAAGUAGUAGUAAUUAUAGUACUUUUUAUCCAAGUUUGCUGUGAUAAUUAUACAUUUAUUAACUUACCUGAUGAGCAUAUACCAUACUACUUUACAAAUUACCCCGCAAUAAUGGAGCAAUGCAGAAAAGAUGUAGAGUGCCCUUAUAAAGACCAUUUAGAUAAAAGAAAAUGCUGGGGUUAUGAACACUUUUGCAAAUGGGGAGAGCAAUAUACUGUUCCACAUUGUCCUGGUGAUCAUAAAGGUUGGGUGAAGACCAAAUUGGAUCAACAAAAAACAUUUUUUACACAAGGUGAUUUUGGUUAUAUUAGAGAACAAAUAGAGGAGAUGAAAGUCCUUUGUGAACCACUUUUUUCUACUGAUAGUUCUCUAGAAUGUUCUGAACAUCUUCGAUUUUGUAGAGGUCGAAAUAUAAUGAUUAAUUUUACCUCUUUGAUAAAUAGAACAGAUAAUUUUCGUUAUAAAAUGGAUGUUCUCAAGGAAGGUGAAAUUGGAGGAUAUUGCAACUAUUAUAAAGAUAGGCUGCUUGAACAAGCAGAUCAUAUAAGUCCUCUUCAAAGUUGGGGUCCAGAGUUGCGUUACUUCACUCAAUUAAAUACCAGACCUGUAGAAAACAAUAAAUGUGAUAUUGUAAUUGAGAAACCUACAUUUAUUAUGAAAAUUGAUGCUACUGUGAAUAUGUAUCAUCAUUUUUGUGAUUUUUUUAAUCUUUAUGCAUCUCUUCAUGUUAAUUCAACACAUCCUGAAACUUUCUCAAUGGAUACACAUAUUCUCAUUUGGGAAACCUAUUCAUAUUAUUCAGAUUUCUCUUCUGCCUGGGAGGCAUUUACUCAGAAUCCCUUGUGGGACUUGAAAACCUUUAGGGGUGAAGUAGUCUGCUUUAAAAAUGUUGUAUUUCCAUUACUCCCACGAAUGAUUUUUGGAUUGUACUAUAAUACCCCUAUUAUAUAUGGUUGUGAGAAAAGUGGCUUAUUUCAUUCAUUCUCUAAACAUUUACUUCACAGGUUGAAAAUACCACUGAUUAAAAGAAAGAAUAAAAAAAUUAAGAUAACUUUUCUCUCAAGAGAUACUAAAUACAGAAGGAUAUUGAAUAAAGAUAGACUUGUACAAGCUUUAAAAGAGAACGAUAAUUAUGAAGUACAGAAAGUGAUUUACAACAAAAACAUUCCAUUUAAAAAACAGUUAGAAAUUACAAGAAAUUCAGAUAUAUUUAUAGGUAUUCAUGGAGCAGGAUUAACACAUUUGUUAUUUUUACCUGACUGGGCAGCAGUUUUUGAGAUCUACAAUUGUGAAGAUGAGAACUGUUAUUCGGAUUUAGCAAGAUUACGUGGUGUUAAAUAUGUGACCUGGGAAAAACCACACUUAAUUAAGGAAGAUGAAGUUACUCAUCCAGAAAGUGGAGCUGCUCAUGCUAAAUUUGCAAACUACAGUUUUGAUAUAAAUGAAUUUGUAAGACUAGUUAAAGUAGCGGCAGAUCACGUCCAAAAUAACGAUGCAUUUAAUGCUUUUAUUAAUCAAUAUUACAAAAAAGACAAUCACAGUAGAAAUAAGCACGAUGAACUAUAAAUUCUAAAAUAUUUUUAAACGGGUGAAUUAGUAGUCUUUUUCAAGUGUAUAUGUAAAUAUUACAUAAACACAUUUUUACUAAUGUUAGAUUCCCCUACCUCUAGGAAAGUGGAAUACAAGACAAUUGCAACCCUCCAGAGAGUAAAAUACCGACGUCCAUGAAGCUAGCAGAGCAACAUCAGCAGAACAAAAGAUGACACAGCUAAUAAUUAAGUGCUAAUUAAACUCCUACAUAAAAAAAUUAUUGCUCCCUUUGUUUAAAAAAUAUUGCAUGUUCUGCUAACUUUAGAUGAACUCAGCAGAGCAGAGUGCUGCUAAGCAACCAAAAAUAAAUCUAAUCGAGUGAAAAUCAAUUGCAAAAUUAAGUGCUAAUUAAAUGCCCUAAUAAAAAAAAUUAUUGCUCCCUUUGUUUAAAAAAUAUCGCAUGUUCUACUAGCUAGAUGAGCUCAGAAGAUCCAAGUGGUGACAAACAAUUUAUUUAUUUUUUAUUGUUUAGCAGUACUCUGCCCUGCUGAGUUAUUUUGAAGCUAGCAUAGUAUGUAAUAUUUUUUAAACAAAGGAAGCAAUUUUUUAUUAGGGCAUUUAAUUGGCACUUAAUUAUUAUUUAUGUUGUCUUUUAUUCUGGUGAUUUUGCUCUGCUAACUUCUUGGACGUAAAAUAUCAAGACCAUUGUAAAUUUCCUUGUCCUAAUAAAUAUUCAUAUAUACUAAAUUAUGUAUUAAUUAGUGGCUGAUAAUAAUGCAUAAAUAUCCAACUCCUUAUACUGAGCCAAUCUUUGCAUUUCGCGAAACUAGAUCAUCCCUCUUCAUUGAUCAUCAUCCUGUUUCUGCUUCUCAUAUAUCUUUAAGUAGCCCUUCGUGUCUCAGAUGUCCUACGAUUCCAUCUCUUAUUUUCUUUAUUUAUACACUUUUCACAUCUUUUUCUAAUUUGUAAAUUAAAUGUGUUUAUAAAUAUUCUUAUUAAUUUUCCUGAAAAUAUUUUAUUUUAAUAACAUUUUUUUAUGCAAAAAUCACCGCCUGUCGUCAACAAAGAUGUCCCCUUAAGCUUUUAAAUAAUCUCUUACUUAAUUUGCCCUUAUAUUAAAUGUAUUAUUUAAUAUUAGAAUCUCAAUUCCAAUGUUUUGUAACAAUAAUUAUGUCGACUUUUAAUAAACUUGUUAAACGUU